CUCCGCGUACGCUAACGUGCGCUUCCCGUUUCCUUAUCCAUCCAUCCCUUCAACUCGUAAGUCUUUCCUCUCCCACCACCAUCAAUGCUGAAAGAUUGAACAACCAAUCAAUCAUCCAUUCCGCUUUCAAUUACUUUUUGGAAGGAAGGGAAAGAUUCAUUCUCAAUCUCCACGAUGAAAUGAUCUUUCAACAAAUAACAUCUUCUGUUCUCCGAUUCGCAUAUCUUUAAGGUCGAUAGAGAGAGAGCGAAAGAAGUUUGAGGUUGUACAUGGAAAUUGGAUCUGUUUUCUGAGGCCGUCCGUAUUUUGAUUCACGUUUGUUGUUUUAGCUGGAAGGUGCCUAAUGACCAAAAAUAGUGAAGCAUCCCUGAUUGAGUCUAAGAAUGACUCCAAGAGGGUAGUUCCACUGAACACAUGGGUUCUCAUCUCCAAUUUCAAGCUGUCCUACAAUCUAUUACGCCGUCCGGAUGGCACUUUCAACCGCCACUUGGCUGAGUUUCUUGAUCGCAAGGUCCAGGCAAAUGCAAAUCCUGUUGACGGGGCCUUCUCAUUUGAUAUUAUUAUUGAUCGUGAAGUAGGCCUUAUAAGUCGAAUAUAUAGGCCUGCGUAUGAGGACGGAAGAGUACCAAGUUUGUCUGAGCUUGAAAUCCCUGUGUGCUCCUCCAAUUUGGUCCCCGUCAUUAUCUUCUUUCACGGUGGAAGCUUCGCACACUCUUCUUGCAACAGUGCAAUCUACGACACUUUAUGUCGCCGUCUUGUGGGUAUUUGCAAGGCCAUUAUUGUAUCGGUUAACUACAGGCGAGCACCAGAGAAUAGGUAUCCUUCAGCGUAUGAUGAUGGAUGGACUGCUCUCAAGUGGGUCAGUUCUAGGAAAUGGAUGCAGAGCAAGGACUCUAAAGUUCAUGUUUACCUAGCAGGAGACAGCUCCGGUGGCAAUAUUGUUCACAAUGUGGCUCUCAGAGCAGCAGAGUCAGACAUAGAAGUGUUGGGGAGCAUAUUGCUCAACCCAAUGUUUGGGGGAGAAAUGAGAACGGAGUCAGAAAAACGGUUGGAUGGAAAAUAUUUUGUCACCCUUCAGGACCGAGAUUGGUAUUGGAGAGCCUUUCUUCCUGAAGGUGCGGAUAGGGACCAUCCCGCAUGCAACCCGUUUGGUCCAAACCCUAUAAACCUUGAAGGAGUUAAGUUCCCGAGGAGUCUUGUGGUCGUGGCGGGCUUGGACCUUGUUCAGGAUUGGCAAAUGGCUUAUGUUGAUGGGCUUAAGAAGGCUGGGCAAGAGGUCAAACUCAUUUACCUGGAGAAGGCGACGAUUGGGUUCUAUCUGUUGCCAAACAAUGACUACUUCUACACUGUCAUGGAUGAGAUAAGUAACUUUGUGAGUUCUGGCUGAAUAUUUUCCUUUGGAAGUUUAUCCUACAACUGUGUUUUCAUAUAGUCUCCUUCGUCAUGCAUGCUAAGCAUGGAUUCUACCCUAGAGGCUCUCCCUCGCAAGGGUUAGGUUCAAUGGCGGACCUAGGCUUGGAAGCCCACUGGCAUGCACAUAUAUAUUACACUAAAAAUAAUAUUGAAUGUGUAGCCGAAUAGGCUGAUUGGUGCAGCUCAGCUUAAGCCUCCAAAUCUGCUGCUGAUUACACUAAAAUUUCCAAGUGUUCUAAACUCUUAAAGGAGAGAGGGCCAAGUGUAGAUGUGGGGCUGAUCUAUGACAGACCAGCAACAUUGCCAAGAAUUUACACUACUAGUGUAUUAUUACUACCACUCUUACUACUACUAGUAGCUGAGUAUUUUUAUGAUAUUGUGUUGCAGUUCAUGGAUAGAGAUUAUCCAUGUAGGUUAGUGAAAUUGUAACAUAUUAUGUUUUCUACGAAGUUACUCGUGUAUCCUUACAUUAAACGAUGCAUUACAGGCACCAUUCAUAAGGAGGUGAUUUGGCAAGACUUUGAAAUUCUAGCUGUUACCGAGGAUAUAAUCUUAAAUAAGAGUGUGUAGAGGUCUAAGAUUAGAGUAGUUAGAUCUUCGUCGGGUAGUUUUGUCAUUGUGGUCUUGUGCUUUGUAGACUUGGGGUCUUUCUCAUUAGAUUUGUGUAUGUCUUUUGUUAUACUGAGCUUUCCUUCUCCUUAGUUUGUCUUUAAUCAUUUUUUGUUGGGUUUCUACUCUCUCUGUUGCUUGAGCUGGGGAUUUUUAGAAGUAGUUUCUCUAGGAGUAAGGUCUAUGUAUGCACACUUUCCUAAGACCUUGUUUUUGUGGGAC